CCUUUCGGCUAAUUUAUAGAAAUAUUAUCAGGAUUCACAUCACAUCACAGAGUGAGAGAGACCAAAACCUGCACGCAGAGACAGAGACAGAAGAUGGCGGGGAACGAAGAUUGGAGGAAAACGGCAGACACAACAAAAAUGAGUGCAGAGGAAGUGAAGAGAGCUGGCGUGGAGGCAUCAAAGAGGCCCCCUGGUCAUAACCCUGGCGGUGUUCUUCACCAGCGACGCAAGCUUCCCUUUAGCCCUACCGCCAUGGCCAUUACCGGCUUCCUCAUCACCGGCGUCAUCGGAUACUUCACCCUUUACCACCUCAAGAAGCCUGAAGCCUCCGCGGGAGAUGUCGCCAGGGUCGCCACCAACGUCGCCGGGCCUGAGCAUACUCACCCCAGGAAAUAGUACUUUCAUUUAAUUAUUUUGAUUUUGAUCAAACGGGGAAGAAGAAACUCCACUGGGCUUGGCAGGGGUUUUUCUUAAGUUAUUAAUUUCAUAAUUUGUUUGUUGACGUCUUUUUCUUCGUAGUUCAAUACUUGAUGUCUUCUAGUUGCAGUAAUAUUCUGGU